AUUACCACGUGUCCGGUCUACAUAAAGUGUGUCCGGAUACUUGUCCUGCAGAAUCACAUGUUUGCUGACCUGAUAUGUGUGGCUGGGACUUGAGGGCUUUUCACUAAACACUGACCAGCAUUGCUUACACCCUAUCCCUGCACUUUGUGUACUUUGAUUAGCAGAACACACUGUUUCACCAAAUUUUUGUGAUGUUGAGCUACUAGGUAAAUUAUUUUCCUUUUGGAUAGGCAGCAGCAAAUUUUGGUUUACUGCAAUUUGGCUUCCUGCUCGAGGUCCUGUUGAUUCCCUUCUUUAAAGCUGUAAUUCGUAAAUGCCUAAACGUACAAGAGGUUUUUUGCAACUUCCAGUCUGGAUAACUGUUAUUUAAAGAAUGAACUCUCUUAUAAUCUCCUGAAAAGAUACUGAAAACUCGUAACAUUUCACCCUGUUCAAUUGAACUUUCCAUGAGCCAUAGCCUCCAUUGGUGACACAGGAUCUAUGGCAACUGCAACAAAGUCUCUAUUUGGGGGUCCAGUAAAGAACAUCUCAUGCUGCACCUCAGCUGGGUUCCAGCCCGAACACAAGUGUACGAAGGAGAAGGCAUUUGGAGUUGACAUGAAAAGAAGAUGGAGCUCUGAAGAGCAAUACCACAGGACUUUCCACGCUGAAACGUAAGACACAAAGCAACUGUGUUUAUUACAGAUAUUCUAACAGCUUGUCAUGAUUAGACCUUAGAGCAGGGGUCUCCAAAUGCAUCACCCAGCUAUUGCGGGUCUACACUCACCAUGUGAGCGUUGUAAUUCUGUUAAAGCUGGGGAUUUACCUUUGGACAGCCCUGCAUUAGAGAGAUAAUUGUGACUUCAGUGGGAACUAAAUUGUUAAAUAAGUACAUAAGUGGCCUGUUUGUAAUCCCCAGCGACUAUGAAAUACCACGUUUUUACAUUACCGCAAUAUUUCAGGGUUAAUCACUAAAGUAAACUUCAAAUAUUAGGGUUGAAACAGCUGACUUUUUUUUUCUGUUUAACUUUAGUCACUUUGAAUUGUUGAACUUUUUCUCUUACCCUCCUUCCCCUGAUAAAUAAGCCUUAGUGUGUCAGGAUUACUCACUAAACUUCAAAUUGCAGUUUUGGAAAUUUUUCACCUGACCAGCUACAAUUCGAUUUUAAAAAAUAAAAUAAGUCGAUUUAAUAUUUCUAAUUAGGUGUCGCCAUCCCCAUUACAAAGGAUUAAAUUAAGCUGAAGUUUACCUGGAAUCCAGCACUGGGCCAAGCACCCAGCGCUUCUUUCCAUGCCUAUAUAGGUGAUUUUAAGUAGCCUUAUAGAAUUUAAAGCUAUAUUGUUAUGUGUGAGCUGUUCCAAGGGAGAAGCUGACCAUGUCUGUUGCCAGCACUCUGUACGCGGUGAUGGACGUACAUUUUGCACAGAACUAACAGGCAGUCCAGACCAUAGUUCUGGGCUGUCUAAAUCAUGUGUGCUGGGGGUACAAUUGGACCCUGGCACAAAAGUGCAAACACUUUGCAAAUACAGGCUCCUACCACCAUAACUACUUAUCAAAGCAAACAUUGUCGUGUUAGUAGGAGCUACCCUUUAAGAACAAAUUAAGUAAAUAUCCAAUUCUUAUUUUUUAUUAAGUCUUAGUUUCGAUUUACAUUUAUUAGAAUUCAAAUUUAGUGAAUAACCCUGUAUGUCGAUAUCCUAACAGAUUAAGCUACCACCAAUACUUAUAAAUAGAAGUGACCUUACAUUAGCCCCAAACAUGAAUUAAUCCGGUGACUCUGGAAGUCCUCGUGUAUAGCAUGAGGACAUCCAGAAUCAGUUAGGCGGCCAAAGGUUACCGAACCGUCCGGAAUUCGUAGAGGUGGAGUUAAUACAUAAAGGUAAUUAUUGCAGUUUAUUUAAAAAAAAAAAAGAAAAAAAAAAAAGGGCUAUAAUGACCAUUGCACGGUUAAAAGGAUUCUAUAGUGCCAGGAAAACAAAGCCGUUUUGCUGGCACUUUAGAAUCCUGCAGUGCCCCUUCUCACAGCGCUGAAGGGGUUAAAAAAAUAAGGAGAAAUCUGACGCUUGAGGUCCUCAUGCAGAGUGUGAGGACGUCCAGCGUCCGAUAACGGACGAAAGGUCCGUUUCAGACCAGGAAGCUCUUUAGUGGCUGUCUGGUAGACGGCCACUAGAGGUGAAGUUAACCUUGGCUAGUAAUUAUUGCAGUUUCUAACUGCAAUAAUUACUAUGGCAGGGUUAAGGGACAUGGCACAUUGCACCCAUACCACUUCAAUGAGCUGAAGUGGUCUAGGUGCCUACAGUGUCCCUUUAAGGGUGCUGGGACACUGUACUCAGACCACUUCAAGGAUCUGAAGUGGUCUGGGUGCCUAUAAUGUCCCUUUAAAAGGACACUAUAGUCACCAGAUCCACUACAGCUUAAUGAUUCUGGUGCCUAUAGCCGGUCCCCGCAGACUUUUCAAUGUAAACACUGCCUUUUUAGAGAAAAUUCAGUGUUUAUAUCAGGGCUGUCCAACCUGCGGCCCCCCAGAUUUUGCUGAACUACAACUCCCAUGAUUCCCUGGCUGUUUCAUUGAAAGAAUCAUGGGAGUUGUAGUUUGGCAACAUCUGGGGGCCACAGGUUGGACAAGCCUGGUUUAUAUUGUUGCUGAGUUACAUCUCUAGUGGCAAUCACUCAGACGGCCACUAGAGGUGCUUCCUGUGUCAGUGCUGCACCAGUGUUCAGCGUCUCCACUCUAUGCUUGGAGGAGAUGCUGAUUGGUGCAGCGUGGUGUUUGCUGUGCAUGCGCGAUAGCCUUUUCUAUGGGAAAACAUUGGAUUGGCUGAGAUUAUCAAGAUUGAUGGAAUCAGUCAUGGAGGUUGGGACAUCCCAGUUAGACCGAUUUGGCAUGGGAGAAAAGGCAAGUAAACUCACCUUUUCAGAACAAUCUGAGGGGGACCCAGGACCUAAGCAGCCACACCAGCACUAGACUGUCAGGAAUACAUGUUUGUAUUUUUGACACUCUAGUGUUCCUUCAAAUAAUUAAAGGAAAUGCAUGCACAAACCUGUUAUUUGCUUACUGUAAUAUGGUAUUUUGUCAAUGAUACUGUCAGACUGGGAAAAACCCCUAACAUCUAAAGCAGAUCUGAGAAACUAAACCCUUUAUACUGUAGUUCUUUAGGUGUCACAUAAACUUCUAACUUGAAAAUCCCCUUUGCCAUGUUUUUUGUGCCAGCCAUAGCCAGACUCUUUGUAUGUAUACAAAAUAUUACUCCUUUCAAUAUUAGACAAAGCUCUAAAUUGUGCCUGAAGGGAUCAGGGGUUAUACCAUUUAGGCUAAAACACCUGCUGCUGCAUUGUAAGGUGUCACGUGUUGAGAGGUGUCUAUACGGUGUAAUGGACCAAAUUAACCAGCUCAUAUUUAUAGGGCUAAAUGGUGCUUUAACGCCGUUGUGACAAUGGCUCUAGAGUCUCUUGAAUAGGGGCAAUUUUUACGGUUUUGCUCUGUCAUAUAUUGUUAAUUUCACUCUUACUCAUUUAGUGCACAAACAUGCAUUAUACACUUUUUUUUCCUUCUUAAAGGAACAUUUAUCGCUUUCUUCUUUUUUUUUUUAAUACCAUUUUGCGUGCUAGGGGGGGAUGCAUGCACGCAGUUUUGUAGAUUUUUAUAAUUUGUAGUCAACCAGGGCAGUUAAAGAAAAGUAUGUGAAAAUACAGUCACCCAUUUGUCCCGAUUUUGUAAAUAAAACAUUUGCCUACUGUUUUCACAUUUUUUUUUUCCCCCUGCAAAAUUAAAAGGAACACUAUAGCGUUAGGAAUACAAAAGUGUGUUCCUAAUGCUAUAGUUCCCUGUUGGCCCUUUAGGUGACCAGCACGCACCAGCAGAGAGUAAAAUAAGUCUUUUUAAAUACCCUUUCUCCUUUGUAGUGCUGGUCUCUAAGGAGUAGCUUUUCCUCCUUGGCUGACAUUAAAAGUGAUGAUUUCAUCCAAUUCAAUACUUUUUCACAGGAAAUGGAAAUUUCACAGGAAAUUUCACAGGGAGGCCAGCGCGCACGUGUUUCACUGUGUCAAUCAGAGAUUCUAUCAUAAACAGUACAACCCAUAGCAUAGCUCUAAACUGUCAACACAGGCACCUCCUUAUCUAUAUAUGAACUAAAACAAUUAAUACAAACAGGCACAGGAAGUAAGAAGAAUAAGUAGUAUACUAAAAAAUAUGUAUAUUACGUAUCUUAGUAUCAUCAGCAAAAAGACAUACCUUACCAUCAAGACCUUCUGCAAUAUCACUAAUAAAAAUAUUAAAGAGAAUGGGUCCAAGUACAGAUCCCUGAGGUACCCCACUGGUGACAAGCCCAAGCUUCGAAUAUAUUCCAUUAACUACAACCCUCUGUUGCCUGUCACUCAGCCACUGCCUUACCCAUUCAACAAUAUUUGAAUGCAAACUUAAAGAUUGCAGUUUAUUGAUAAGCCUCCUAUGUGCAACAGUGUCAAAAGCCUUACUGAAAUCUACUGCACCACCCUGAUCUAUUAUUUUAGUUACCCAAUCAAAAAAAUCAAUAAGAUUAGUUUGGCAUGAUCUCCCUGAAGUAAACCCAUGUUGUCUCUGAUCUUGAAAUCCAUGUGUUUUUAGAUGUUCAUCAAUCCUAUCCUUUAACAUGGUUUCCAUCACUUUCCCCACUACUGAAGUAAGGCUUACUGGCCUAUAGUUGCCCGACUCCUCCCUAUUACCUUUCUUGUAAAUGGGCACAACAUUCGCUAACUUCCAAUCUUCUGGGACUACUCCUGUUAACAAUGAUUGGUUAAAUAAAUCUGUUAAUGGUUUUGCUAGUACACCACUAAGCUCUUUUAAUAGCUUUGGGUGUAUUCCAUCAGGUCCCAUUGACUUAUUUGUCUUUACUUUUGACAGUUGAAAUAGAACCUCUUCCUCUGUAAACUCACGUGUAAUAAAUGACUCAUUUAUCCUUUUUCUCAACUGAGGUCCCUUUCCUUCAUUUUCAUCUUUAAAUACAGAACAACUAAUCCUUGUUUUACUUUUCUUUUCUCAUUUAUGUAUCUAAAAAAUGUUUUGUCCCCCUUUUUUACUGAUUGUGCUAUUUUCUCUUCUGUGUGUGAUUUCAAAGCUCUUAUAACUUGCUUAGUCUUUCUGCCUAAUCUUAUAUAUCAUUUUGUCUUCCUCACUCUGGGUUUUUUUUAUAAUUCCUAAAUGCUAACUUUUUGUUUUUAACUAUUUUGGCCACAUCUGCGGAGUACCACAGUGGUUUCUUGAAUUUUUUGCUUUUCUGACAAGCCUAAUGCAAUUUUCUGUUGCCUUCAAUAGUGCAACUUUUAAAUAAUCCCAUUUCUCUUGGACUCCAUUUAAAUUGCUCCAGUCUGAUAAUGACUCCUCUACACAUAUUCUAAUUUUAGAAAAGUCUGGUUUUCUAAACUCUAAAACUUUUGUGUUUGUGUGGUGUGACUCAGUCACUGUUCUUAUAUUAAACCACACUGACUGAUGAUCACUGGAUCCUAAACUUUCACCGACAGUAAUAUCUGAUACCAAAUCUCCAUUUGUAAAUACUAAAUAUAGUAUGGCCUCUUUAUGAGUUGGCUCCUCAACAACUUGUUUUAGAGACAAUCCCAGUAGGGAGUUUAGAAUAUGUGUGCUCCUGGCACAAGUAGCUAAUUUUGUUUUCCAAUUUACAUCAGGAAGAUUAAAGUCACCCAUGAUGAUAACUUCCCCUUCAUUGUCAUUUUAGCUAUUUCCUCAACUAGUAGAUUAUCUAACUCUUCAAUUUGUCCUGGGGGCCUAUAAAUCACACCUACACGAGUUACUGUGUGAUUACCAAAUUCUAACGUAACCCAAACGGACUCUGUUUGCCUCACUAACUUUUAUUAGGCUAGAUUUUAUGCUAUCCUUCACAUACAGGGCCACCCCUCCCCCUUCCUUGCCUUCUCUAUCUUUUCUAUAUAAAGAGUACUCUGGUAUUGCUAUGACCCAGUCAUUUUUCUCAUUAUACCAUGUCUCAGUAACAGCGACUAUCAGUUGCCAUUAUUGCCACAAGUUCAUGGAUCUUUUUCCCUAAACUGCGAGCAUUUGUAGACAUGACUCUAAGCUUAUCAUUUUUUUAACACACUUGCUACAGGCACCUUCUGUCCUUGUUUUAAGGGACAAUUGGAUUGAUGUUUUAUCACCCUUUUGCCCCCCCUAGUUUAAAUACAUCCAAGCAAAACCUCUGAACUGCUCACUGAGAACAUUUGUUCCCUUUUGAGAAAGAUGCAAACCAUCUUUUUUGUACAGCUUAUCUCCAUUCCAAACAGAGCUACCAUGAGAAAUAAAGCCAAAUCCUUGCUCCCGACACCAUUCACCAAGCCACAAAUUAAAGUACUUAAUACGCAUCCGCCUGUCGUUCUGAGUGUUAUCCACAGGCAGAACUUCAGAAAAUGACAGUGUGGAAGAAACCUGCCGUAUAUCAUUGGAAAAAACACUAACAACUUCCUUAACCUUUGAAACCUCAUUGCAAGCCAAGUCAUUUGUCCCUAGAUGGACAAGUAUAUCCAAUUCCCCUUCCUGCUUUGCUUGCUUAACAAUAUUACAGAUACGUCUCCUGUCUCUGUGAGCAGUAGCUCCGGGAAGACACCUCACAAGACCACCAUUGUCCAUCUCCACACCUCUUAUGACAGAAUCCCCCAACAACAACUGCUUUCUAUUAGGCCUCACCAUAGUCUCCAAGCCGGUCUCCACAAAACCACUAGCCUCAGUGCCUCUCUCCACAACACCACUAGCCUCAGUGCCUCUCUCCACAACACCACUAGUCUUAGUGCCUCUCUCCACAACACCACUAGCCUCAGUGCCUCUCUCCACAAAACCACUAGCCUCAGUGCCUCUCUCCACAACACCACAGUUACAGAUCAAAUACAAGACGAGCUGCAGUCCACAUUUUAAAAGCUAAACGUUUUCUAAGUUUAAUAGUGGUGAUUCAAUCCAAAAUGUCUUUUUUUUUUUUUUUAAACCAGGUUUCGCCAAUAUUGCAGUUGGUUAUCGGGUAAUGUUUUUCAACACUUGCUGUGACUUCUGUAAGCAAUAUUUAUCCUAUAGCACUAACGUCCCAAAUAAUUGAGUUCUCUCAGGAUCCACGUGUACUAGAUUUUUCCUUAUGUUUACUUUUUUUUUAUUUGUGAAAUUACAGGGCCACAUAUGGGACUAAACUAUUUUAUAAGGAGUUGGGAGCAUUUUCCAAGCUUACUCCUAAAUAUUUAUUUGGUAUUGGAGCUGUCAGUAUCAGCAUUUACCGAUAUUAUACACACAUGGUUAUUGUGCUGCCAUUUUUAUUGCAUAUCCCUGGUGAGGUAGCCAUUUUUUUUUUAUUCACAUAAAUGAUAACCCAUUCUUAUACUACCAUAUAAUAAUGGUUACAUGACUGCUGACCAGAUAACCUAACCCGUUACCCCCAAUAAUGACAUGACGCCUGAGUAUUGGAUAAGGGCAAUGGCCACAGCUUUAUUGAUUCAACUUUUAAACAGAGCCAGCAUUAUCACUACCUGUCAGCUGUUGGGUAGUGAUAAUGAUGUCUUUCCAGAGUUCGUACAGCCUGCUUUCUGCCAUCAGCCCUAGCAGGCUGCGACUCCCCAAAGCCUUGUCUCGUGAAUUACUUGUGCUGGCCAGGAACUCUGCCUUAGCUGUGACAAAAAGAGAACAGAAACAAACAACACCACAGAAAAACACCAACAACAAUAACAUAAACAUAGGGUAGGGAGCGAGGGAGGGAGCUUGCAGUCUGUUUUUGUAGUAAGGCGUAGAUCUCAUACCUGACAUUCUGCUCUAUAAAAAACAAAAAUCUAAGUUUACAGUUUAACUUGAGCUGCAGCUAUAGCUGAUGACGUUUGCCAGUAGACUGACAAGGUUGCUGAGAUUGGAUUACUCUCUGUAAACUUCAUUUAGCGAUCACUUCCAAAUUUCCCCUGCUACUUGUUGUCUCAAAUCCCCACUGUAUCCUUUAGAUUGUACAGACAAUCUAGCUAAACACUUUGUAUAAAAGCGUUUCAAUGGCUAGAUAUCAGCUUAAGGGGAGGGCCCUGUUUACCUUUUGUAUUUUUCUGUGUAUAUUGUAUGUCCUCCACUAAUUGUACAGCGCUGCGGAAUCGGUUGUCGCUUUAUAAAUACCAGUAAUAAUAAUAACUUAAUUAAGCUGUACCUACUACCUAGUGUCAGUGGGGUCUUUCGUAUUGUGGGCAGUUUCCAAGGAGCUGAUAAAAAAGAUGUGCCUUCCACUGGUAACCCAAUGAAAUAGCAUACGGCAGUGGUUCCUAAACCAGUCCUCAUGGACCACCAACAAUCCAGGAUUUAUGUAUGUCCCUUCCUAUUCAAAUGGAGAUACUGGCAAAACCUGGACUGGUGGUCAGGCCUGAGGACUGGUUUGGGAACCACUUACAUAGGGAGACAAAUAUUUUGGCCUGACAUAGGCAUUAAGAAUAUAAAAGUAUCCCUGAUUGAUGAUAAUAAUCACAAGCAUGCUCCUGUGUGCCAAUUAGUUCAUGUCUUUUGUGUUCGAUAACCCUAAAGACGGGGCUAGGAAAAGGUAGAUCCUCAGAUGUUCUAGAACUACAACUGCUAUAAUGCUUUGCUAGUCUUCAGAAUGUCACAGCACCAUGGAUGAUGCAGUUCUAGAACAUCUGGGAAUAUACCAUUUGCCCACCCUGGUCUACAUUCCCCAUCAAAGGUACUUGCAUGUUGUUUUGGCUUACUUUGUAUCAGUACCUUUGUAUAUGGUAUGUUUCCUCUACAGGAGGAGAAGGAACUCCUUCUACACCCAGCAAAAAGCAGAGAGGGCAGCCAUGAGGGAACAUUUCCGUAGCAAAUACAAUCUGCCUAAGGUUGGUUCCUCCACUCCCUAUCCAAACCUGUAUGAUUUUUGUUUCUGUAUGUCUGGAUCACAUAUGUCCAUCUCCCCACAGAACACGCAAGAUCAGCAUCAUGUGAAGGAAGCAGGAGGGAACAAACGAAUGUCUAGAGAUGUUCGUGCAGUGAUCCAAACGGAGGAGUCUCCGUCUGAGAACUUCUCAAUGCUUGGCUUUCUGGGCUUUCCUAGUCUGGGUAACCUGAAGAAAGGAACACAGAGUACCAUGGACUCACUACAAUCAGGGACACGAUGCUCGCUAAUGUGACUAUUCCAAGUUACAGGUGUCCAAAACAUCCCAAGGCAUGUCACAGUUAUGUCCUUGGUCUACCAUUCCUCGUUUACCAUACCUGGUUCUGGCAGGUAGUGUGUCAUUCCAAGGCUUCACGGUGGGACAAUCUGUCCAAGUAUAACAAGGAGAUUAAUAGUUAAAUUAUGAAUGCGUUUUUACAUGGGUUUUUUUUCCUUUUUAAUUCAGACCUUCGAUGGAAGACUGACAACAAGGCCGGAAGCCUGUGCUCUCCUCCAUCUUGCCAAAUUCAACUUUUGACCUAACAAAGGCAACCACCUAAUCAGAACCUAUGUCCUAGAAGUGUGUGUGCAUGUACUUAAUUGGCAACUGUGAUUCUGCAUUAUCACAGCCUCUGUGAUUCAUGCCAUGUUCUGAUUAUCAUCCCCUUUAUAUUCCACAGAGCUAUGCAAUAGGUUGACAAACAAGUAGUCGUAAUAAACAAAAGCAGAAGGUAUUGGGCGCCAUAUCCAAACAGUGAGAGGGUAGUGAUGUAUAAUUACACAAAAUGUAAAUGUAAAAAGCAUUCCAUACAAAGUAAAAAUAUGUGCAUUAACAGACUGCGCUAAUGACUUUCUGUACACCACGACUGUUCAAUUUCAGUGCUAUAGAUACUGAGCUGCUUCAACAUGGUAUUGGUCAAUGAAAGGCAGUAUUUAUUGUAUGAUAUUAGAGGAACACAGCACAAGGCACUAAGUGUGACAGAGGCCUCUGGGCGAUGAAACGUUUUGAAUUGUAACAUGGCUGCCAGUGUUUAUUAUUGCGCUUUUUAUAAAUAGACUUAAUGUGAGUACUGUUACAGUAAGAGGCGAAGAGAAGAGUACCAGAAUACAAGAAUGAGAUGAACAAUUACAAAAUAGCCAAGGGGGAAACGUGCGUCUUGAAGAAUCUUUUCAUUGAGGCUGUUUUAGCUUUGAAUUUUUCAUUCACAACCCGUUAAAAAAAAUAUAGUGAGUUAAAACUAGCGAAUGGCAAAAUAUUAGCUAAAAUAGCUGUUCUGAAUAAAUUCCCCCGUCUGCUGGAGUAAGACUUCUUUUGCUAUGGAGAUUUAAGUUUGCUUCAGUUUUGAGUUAAAUGAAUAACCCUGAGAACAUGUGAUACUGUGAAAGGUUACAUAAAAUGCAUAUCCUCCAUGAGUAAAUUGCACUAAUACUUCUCUUGCUUACAGUGUUUCCCCGUUUUCUCAUAAUAAAGUUG